AUGCAAGAGACAAUAGGAGAUACGACUUAUGAUUGGACUGAUGCCACAAGUCAUUUCGCUGAUUUAUGUCGUCAUUUACCAAUCGGUGAAGUCGUACGUGAUGCAGAUUUUACCUUAUUUGAAGCAAUGACAGCGCUUGAAUUGAUGGAUCCAAAAAUGGAUGGUGGUAUGUCAAUAAAACAUCAUUUUCAAGAACAAAAACAAGGUAAUCGAAUAUUAACAUUGAAACAAUUAAUUGAUAAACAACUUUUAAAAAUCACAAAAUUUACAUCGACUGAACUAAUCUAUUUAUUUGAUCAAUUAUUAUCAACAUUUCAUAUGUGGCUCGAUGGACAUAGUCUUGCAUUAACAUUAUUUACAUGUGUUUAUUUGCAUGAUGUAACAAUAAUUGAUGAUUCUCAUUUACGUACAAUAUGUUUUACAUUUAUUAAAUUAGUUGAUUACAUACGUGAACGUAUUUUAUUAAAAGCUGGUUUAUUCGAAGAAGAAGAUUUUAGUGGAACAUUAACGUAUAAUUUUCCAUUUUAUCGUGAUUUUAAAGAACAAACAUGUUUGACUGAUCUAAAAAAAUCUGAAGAUGAAUUAAAUAAACGUUUACGUUCAUUAAAACAUCAAACAGAAUUAGAUCAAGUAGAUAUUAAUGCGACUCAGCAAUUGAUAUAUCGAAUUAGAUUUCUACGUUAUUUUUUUGGUUUAACAGUUAAAUUUAAUGAAGCUAAUGAAAAAACAGGCGAACAAACUUAUUUAAAUACUGAAGAAAUUUCGAAAUAUCUUAAGCAAAUCGACGAAAUGCUACAGCUUAUUCGACCGUCAUUUAUAAUCGAAAACGAAACGACUCCAACCGAUGAUAAUUCUCAAUUAAAUAUUUCGCAAACAUUAUUAACUGAUAUAUCUCGUUCUUUUGAUCCUUAUUAUAAUUAUCGUCAGUUACCUCCUGCAUUUAAUCGUUUUAUACGUCAAUUGAUAUUUCCAUCAUUUGUUUAUAAAUCAUUAGUAAAUAUUUGUCAACAACUACGUAAAAUGCUUGAAAUCAACGAUAAAAGAACAUUGAAGCAAUCUUUUGAAUUUUUCCUUGAAUAUUCAACACAUGAAAAGCCAUCAUUAUUUAUUCGUUCGUUAUUACUUUUAUCUUACUUACCAUCGGUCCAAGGUUGUUUAUUGAGUUCAAGAAAAAUUUUCGGGCAAAUUUCAUUCGCUGAACAAGUUAAAUGUGAAAUACGAUCGUUUAUCGUGCCACCGUUGUUAACAUUAAAAUCAAUUUCAAUUGAUAAUGAAACAUUAAGUUGUAGUGAAAAUUUUUUCCAACGUGCCUGUGUACCGUUCUCAAAUCUAUUCUAUUCAUUAUGUAAUAAUCAUGCGCGUACACGUGAAAAACUAUCGAAUCUAUUAGAAGAAUUUAGUGUUCUACAAGAUGAAAGUGAAAAAUUAGAUCAAUGGCUACAUAAAUAUCUUAUACAACAAAUUGUUCAAGCAAAUUUAUCAACAGCGAAUGCACAAACAUUAUUAUUAAUUGAAAAAACUUCAUAUUUUUUUCAAUUUAUUCUUAAUUGGACAUUGCUAAUUAUGGAAUAUUAUCUAUUGAUGGGUUUUGACUUAUCAUUAUAUUCAAAACGUGAAUUAUACGAUGUGUAUUUUUAUUUUGCCCAAAUCAUCUUAUUUACGCAUAUAAAUGUUUAUAAAACAUCGAAAAACAUUCUAAAUACAACAGUACCAUUUCUUGUUCAAUUAAAUCAAAAACAACAAACAAAUAAAAAUCAAAUAAACAAUCAAUUUAUUCAGCAAAUGAAUAGUUUAAUACAACAUAAUUCCAAUGAUGAUCCCUUAGCUGAAUUAACGAAUGAAAAUAAUGCUACGCAGAAGAAAACUAAAAGAAAGAAUCCAAAUGUUUUAGUUGCAACAAAUAAUGAAUAUCAUGAACAAGAAUUAUUAUUAAUUCAUGGACAUUUUGCCAUGAGUACAGCUAUGCAUAGAUGUUUGAAAGCAUUAGAUAUUGAACGAAGAUUAAAAUUUAGCAGUAAUGACUCGAAUUAUUUUCUUCGCGAUGAAAUUCGUUACCGUCAUCGUUUUCUUCCAUUCGCGAACUUAUGUGCCCCACCGUAUAUGCCUCAUACAGAUUUUCUUCACAUACAACAUUUAAGUGAUAAUCGUUACACGGCAUCUGAAUUAUAUCAAGAUGCUAUAAAUAAUUUUUCUCAAGCUAAAACAUAUUUUGAAACUUAUCUCAAUCGUAUAACAAUGUCAAAACAAUACCAACAACAAACAUUCAAUCGAACAUUUACAACAGGUUUUACGUCUUUAAUAGAUGCCGAAUCCUACAUACGAAUAGCUAAAACGAACGGCAUUGUAUUGAAGUUAUUGUUAGGUGGACAUAAACCAGAUGUAAAAAUAGAUUUCGAUUUUAGUUUACACGCUCACUACCCUACACUAAAACUGUGA